GAUAUCUCCGCAACACUUAAUGGCGAUAGUUCGUUUUGUUCUCAUUCGGCGGAUCUUUUCCUCGUAAUGUGUAGAAAUUGACAGCUUCUACUGAGAAUUGUGCGUUUGAACGGACUCGAGCAGAGGUGAAGUUUUGGUUCCUUGAAUCGUGAAGAGGAGUAGAGAACGGAAACCACAUUUCUGCUGAGCUAUGGGGGCAGGAAAGAAUAACUCACGAGCUCUUCCAAACAAGCAAAAAUCUGGAGGCACCAGGACGCUCUACACUGGUGCAAAUUCUAGGAAUUUAUCUAAGAAUGAGCUUGGUGGAGUUAUAUUUGGGUGCAAGAAUUAUACAUACGAUGAAUGUGUGGAGAACAAAAUCUUUGGAUUGCCGGCACCACAUAUUUCGUAUGUGAGGAAUGUCACCCCUGGUCUUGCAUUAUUUCUUUUCAAUUACAGCAGUCGAAAGCUUCAUGGAAUUUUUGAGGCAGCUUCCCAUGGGCAGCUAAAUAUUAAUCCAUUUGCGUGGAUUACAAACGAAGGCACUGAGACUACUCCAUUUCCUGCGCAGGUCCGGAUUAGUUUUCAGAGGCAAUGUCGGCCUUUGUACGAGGAAGAAUUUAAGCCAAUCAUAGCAAGAAAUUAUUAUACUGAUAGGCUGUUUUGCUUUGAGCUCGACAAAACACAGACUACAAAACUGAUCCAAUUAUUCAUAUCGUCAUCAGUGCCAGAACCGAAGCCUCAACAACCGAAAACCGUCAAGAUGACCAAUGUAGCUGCAGCCAAGAAGAACAAUAAAUUUGGCAUUUUGUCUAGCCACGAGACUGAGGACGACACUGAGGAACUAGACCCACCAGAAUCUUCUGGAUGGCCAGAUCUGAAGCAGACUGCAUAUUCAUCUGCCUCAGGUAAUAUUGACGUCAAGUGGGAGUAUCCCUCUUCAGGUCACGACACAAACUGGUACCUUCCAGAACCUCUGGGUUUAGUUAUUGCAAAGACCGAUUCAUCUCUCCAAGAAUCAUGGGAUGAACUUGGAAAACAUGAAAGGAAGGAUUCUCUUGUGGCUGCACAUUCAUCUGCCUCAGGUAAUAUAGAUGUCGAGUGGCAGUAUCCGUCUUCUGGUCAAGACACAAACUGGUUACUACCUGAACCUUCGGGUGUAGUUAUUGGAAAGGCCGAUUCAUCUCUCCAAGAAUCGUGGCAGGAUCUCGAGAAACAUGAAUCUAAGGAUCCUUGUGUGGAAGUUCACACCCAAGACUCAUGGUCCGACUACACAAACAUGCCACAAUCAGAGAGCUUACCUUACUUAGGUGUAGAGGCUGGAGUGUCGAUAGACACAGAGUCUGAGCUGGUUAAGGUGGAUACUGAUGCUUUGAAUUGCAACAAAGAAGAUGUAAUAUCUGACAAUACUUCGGAACCCAUGGAAAAGAAUGAGGAUCUUCCUAAAAUAGAUACUAUUGCUACGUCUUCGGAAGUUGAAGCAGAUUUAAAAUCUUCUACUCAUGAGUCCAUCAUCAUUAAGUUAAUGCACGAAGUUGAGGAAUUGAAGGUGACUCAGUUGCAGCAGAAGCAGAAAAUCGAAUUCCUUGAGCAAGCAUACAAGGGCCUUUGUACGGGAACUAUCCCAACUCAUGCAAGCGAUCACAUGGAUAUAAAGAACUCCAAAUCAGCUAGUCUUCCGUCAGACGAUAAUGUUUUCAUAGUUGGAGGUUAUGAUGGAUGUUCGUGGCUUCCAGAGUUGAGUUCAUACUCACCAUCUCUGGACCAUAUUAUUCAACUUUGUCCAAUGACUUUUACGCGGACAUACAACGGCAUAGCUCAGCUCAAUGGUGAACUCUAUGUCUUUGGUGGUACUGGUACUGGUACUCAUAAUAAAGAAUGGUUUGACACAGUUGAAUUGUACAAACCUACAUAUAAUCAAUGGUUCCAGAGGCCUUCUUUAAAUAAACCAAAAGGAAGUUUAGCAGGUGCAUCCUUGGGUGAGAAAAUUUACGCCAUUGGUGGCGGAAGUGGAUCCGAAUGCUACUCCGAGGUGGAAGUAUUUGACAUAAACAAUGAUAGGUGGAUCUUCACUGAGCCUAUGCUCGAAAAGCGUUUUGCACCGGCUGCUACUACUAUUAACGGUGCAAUCUAUGUUGCUGGUGGCUAUGAUGGGAGAGUCUACUUAAGGUCUGUCGAACGAUUUGAUCCUAGAGAAAAAGCUUGGACUGCAGUUGCAAGCAUGAACUCAAAGAGAGGAUGCCAUUCUUUGGUCACAUUCAAUGAAAAAAUAUAUGCUAUGGGCGGCCACAACGGAACCGAGAUGGUGUCUACAACUGAGGUGUUCGAUCCGCGCACCGGGUCUUGGGCUAUGGAUGAACCCAUGCAUUUCGCGAGGGGAUAUUUUGGGUCUUUUGUGCAUGGGGGGAAGAUAUAUGUCCUCGGGGGCGUGAUGGAUAAAGUAAUAUUGAAUAGAGUCGAGUGCUAUGAAGAGGGCUUAGGGUGGCGAAAUGCUGGGCUCGCCGGUGCCGGUAGGAGAUGCUUCUUCUCUGCCAUUGUUAUGAAAUGAAUGGCAAACUGAUGGGACUGUAUCCUUAGGUAUGUUCGUCUUCUUUUUUUCUCUUGUUGGCCUGAACUCCAUGAAAAUGGUUGUAGGCCCUUGUGGCUUGAUGCCUUUGCUAAUAUACAAUGCAUGCAUGAUCUUCUUUUGAAUGCU